CCCAACCCAAAACCUUGCACAAAUCACCGCGAUUCACAUCCCAAAUCCCACCAGAACUCACGAGGAAGAAAAUCCACGCACAAUCAGGUCAAGCAACAAGCAAGGAAGAGUCGUCCGUCGCCUUCACGCGCUUGCGUACCCAACCCAACCGCGUCCCCAAUCCCCUUCCCCAAAUUAAUCCCCUCCCCCAUCCCCUACUUAUAUCCCACCUCGCCGCAAAUCACCCAAAUCCAGCCCACCUCCAAUCUGCCUCGCCACUCCUCGCCGCCGCCGGGAACCACAUCCAGCCGAAUCCCCCUCAGCUCCUCCCCGCCGCCGCCGCCGCCGCAGUCGUCCACCACCAGCUCUCGACGGGAUGGGUUCGGGGAGCCGCGCGGCGUCGUGCCUGUGCUGCCCGUUCAAGUGCCUGGCGUGCGGGCUCUUCAGCUGCCUCUGCAGCAUCCUCGUCUCGCUCCUCGUCACCGCGGGGGUCCUCGCCCUCAUCCUCUACUUCGUCUUCCGCCCGCAGAUGAUCGCCGCCACCGUCGACUCCGCCUCCCUCGCCCAGUUCGCGCUCGGCACCCCGGCCAGCCCCGCGCUGCUCCAGUACAACCUCACGCUCGCCAUGACGGUGCGCAACCCCAACAAGCGGGUGGGGCUCUACUACGACAACGUCGAGGCCCUCGCGCUCUACGACGGCCAGCGCUUCGGGUUCGCGCCCCUCGACCCCUUCUUCCAGGGCCACCAGGCGUCCACGGAGGUGAAGCCGGCGUUCGGCGGCCAGCAGGUGCUGGAGGGGGACGUGACCCAGGCCAACCUCCGGACGCAGCUGGCGGGAGGCGCGGUGGAGGUGGAGGUGAAGCUCAACGCCAAGCUCCGCGUCAAGGUGUGGGCGUUCAAGGUGCCCGGGCCCCGCGCCAGGAUCAGCUGCCCGCUCUCCCUCCCCGCCCCAGGCGCCGCCCCCGCAUUCAAGCCCACCGACUGCAAAGUCUGGUUCUGAUUCGAUUCUCCACCACUGGGGAAUCUGAUCUUCGAUUCGAUUCGAUCGGUUGGUUGCGGGAUGCUCUUGCUCUGCAUCGCCCGCCGUGGUCUUUCUAGAGAUUUUCACUGUCUAGUAGUAGUACCAGUCGCAUUCUGUUGGCUAUAUGCACAUAUUAUGGAUCGGUGGUAGAGAUCAAUCGUUCUUUGGUUCUUUGUUAGCAGUACUACUACUACUACUACUACCACCUGUUGUUGGUUAUAUUCAGAUUUCUUUCAUUCA